AUGGCGACAAGGGGUGGCAGGAGCCAGCCAUCUUUGCUGACCUUCAACCAAGCCAUUGCCUUGUGUGCCAAAUGUCACGAUUGGAAGAAGGCCUUCUACAUUCUGGAGGACCUGAAGUGGAAGAAUACAGAGGCAGAUGUCAUCACUUCCAGCUCAGCCAUGAGCGCCUGCAGCCGCAGCCGCAGCUGGGCAAAGGCUUUGCAGCUCUUCUCGACUGCGAAGCUUCAAGGCAAUGUCAUCACCUUUGGCAUUGCAGUCAGCGCCUGCGAAAAGGGAGAGCAAUGGGAAGGAGCCCUAGAAAUCUUGGAAGAGCUCGAGAUGCAGAAGCUGGAAAUGAAUGUGAUUGUUUGCAGUUCUGCCAUCAGCGCUUGCGAAAAGGCCGGUCAAUGGCAGAUGGCCUUGGCUUUACUUGAAGCAUGUGAGCAGCGAGAUGUGCAAGCGAACCAGAUUGCAUAUAGUGCAGCCAUCAGCGCCUGCCAGAAAGGGCAAAGAUGGCCAGAAGCUCUUCACUUGCUGAAUAGCUACAUUGCUAGCCAUGCGCCCAUGGACUUGAUCAUGUACAAUGCGGCCAUCAGUGCAGUGGAGUGGCGUGAUGCCUUUGCACUGCUCGAACAGCUUCAGGAGGCACUGCAGUUGCCAAAUGUCAUCACCUACAAUGCCAUUUUGGCGAAAGCCUUGGACUGGUCGAAGACCUUGGAGCUUUUGGAGGAGAUGGAGGAGCGCCAAGUGGAGGCGACUCUGGUGACCUUCAACACUUUGAUCUGCAGCUCUGAGUGGUCUUGGGCUUUACACGUGCUGCAAGAGCUGCUGACCAUGAAGUUGAGGCCCAACGAGCUGACAUACACUGCGGCCAUGGGUGCAUGCGAAAGAGGAGAAUGCUGGGCUGGUGCUUUGGCUUUGCUGGCGAGGAUUCCAGAUCCGGACUAUGUGGCCUAUGGCGCCGCCAUCAGCGCCUGUGAAAGGCGUUGGGUCGAGGCUCUGGAACUCCUGCGAGUGAUCCAAGAUCAAGGGCUUCGUCCAAACUUGGUGAUCUGCAGUGCGGCGAUGGCUGCCUGUGAGAAAGGAGAGCAAUGGGAAUUGGCGCUGGAGCUAUUAUCGAUUGCAGCUGAGUUGUCUGACAAGUCACCAGUGCCCUUCAAUUCUGCGAUCAGCGCCUGUGAAAAAGGGAGUCAAUGGCUCCUGGCCUGGGAGGUCUUUCACCAGAUGGACCAUGCAGGUAUUGAGUUCGAUAAUAUUGGCCGCAGUGCGCUGAUCCGAGCUUGCCACCGAGCUGGGCAAUGGCCACGCGUGUUGGAGCUCCUCGACUGCCUCUUCUUCAGCCGUGCCUCGCGGCCAAGGGCGGCUGAGGUUUAUGUUGUCAUAGAGAAUCCUCAGACCUCGACUCAAUGCAACCAUGCUUUGGUGGUCGUGAGGUCUGUUGAGGGGUUAAAUGCGGUUCAAUACAGUGGGAUAAUCUGCAUCUAUGCAGUUUUAUGCCAGACCUUGGGCCAUUGA